UUAUAGGUACUGUGGGGGGAGUAAUGUGAGCUGCCAGCGUACAAUUGUCCGCGGUACCUGAGUGGGAAGCCUAAUGUGGUAUUACCCGUGGCUGUGGUUCCUCUCCAGUGAAAAGACAUCUGUUUUCAUUGGCCGCGUGGUGCCUUUCGCGAGAAGAACUACAUGCCGUUACUCUUGUAGCUGCUCGCCGUAUUCCUUCGUAUUGUCCCGAUCUUACGAUUGUGCCAGAGCGGUGAGGUAUUUGCAACUGAGUGAAGGUUAGCCUUGGAUGCCUGAUGGUGCUAUGUAGUAUUCUGUGGGGACAUGGAAGUUGGAACGAUAUAAAUACCAGAUGAAAGCCACCUCCAUCUGGCACCACACUACUCAGACUACUACAACCAUCGUCACGUCCUAUAAUACCCGUCCUCUUGUAAUACCCAAUCGCACACCAUGAAGGCCACUACCAUCCUCGCUACCCUCUCCCUCGCCGCUUUGGGCGCCGCUAUGCCAUCCCCCGACUCCCCUCCUACCGACACAUCCCCAUACAUCAAGUCUUCCUUCUCCUGGGUAGACUGGGUCGACAGCCUGAUUGCCGAUCCAUCCACAGCCCUUUCUGCCGAAGAAGCUCUUGCAGCCUUCGAGGCUGGUGCCGAGGACCCCGAGGACCUUACCAAGCGUCAGGAAUUUGCAAACUGCCAACAGCUUACUUCGUCCCCUCCAUCCGUUGGCGACGCAGUGUCUUGUAUCAACGAUUUGGCUGGACGCGGCAAGGCGGGUCAGAACUGCGAUGUUAGCAGCAUAGGAGGUGCUGUACAGUGUAGCAUUGGAAGUGCCCAUAUCGUUACCGUAAGGGGAGGUACUAAUGCUCCUACAAGCGUGAACUGCAACGAUAUUGCGCGUUCAGGCGGUAUUAUCAUGGACCGCUGCACACGCGGUGACAACACUGUUUCUGGAACUGCGUAUAUUCCCCAGGGCGGUGUUGCUGUACAUAUCCAGCAUUCUUAGAGGAGAACUUGGAGGUGUUUUGGGUCGUGGGGUUUCAAAGUGAGGAUAUCGAACAGACGGCAGGAAGCAGGGUAGUACCUGCCUAUUAUGGACUAUAUGACGUUAUGAAAACGCUAGGUUGAACGCAGUAGUACUACUGUUAUCGAAUACUGAGUCUUUUUAGUG